UGCUUGCUAAAGGAAAAAAUACAAAGAUAUGAAGCCGACGAAUAUGGAAUAGUGUCGUCUCAUUUUCUUGGUGAGUAGGUGAGUGACCCAGAAAAAGAAAAAGAACUAAUCUAAUCUAAACCCUUAAUCUAUUUAUUAACGGGUCUCCAGUAGUCUCUCAAUAUUUUUGAUUGCCUCAGAGAGAGAGAGAGAGAUGGAGAAAAAGAGAGAGAGUGAGGAGGAUAAGGGAAGGUUAUGCAGGAGGUGCAAACAAAGCUACAGCCCUGCCUCCAACACCCCUUCCUCAUGCCGCUUCCACCCUUCUUUUUUCGUCUGUCGCCGUCAUGACGACCAGAAAAGGUACUAUGAAUUGGGACCCAAAGAUCCGCCAUACGCAGCCAAGUUCUAUGACUGUUGUGGGGCUGAGGAUCCUGAGGCAUCCGGUUGCACUACCAGUUUCCAUGUUUCAUAUGAUGAUGAUUGAUGUAAUAUUAAUAUGUCUCUUUCUUCAUUUCAGUCUUGCACUGUAAAAAUAAAUCUCCAGUAAUCUCCUCCAUUAUAUAUAGACUAAUUUUGAUAUAUAAUUGGGUUUCUUAA